AAUUUUGAAAAAAAAACGGUUACCCAGCAACGAGAAAAACAACUGGAACCAUCGGCACCAGCUCUGAGAGAACCAAGAGGUGCAAUAGGCAGUUCCUUCCAAGGAGAUGUCGAUUCCAUUCUCCAACACCCACUACCGAAUCCCACAAGGAUUUGGAAAUCUCCUUGAAGGGCUGACAUGCGAGAUUCUGAGGGAGCAACCGGACAAUAUACCAGCUUUUGCAGCAGCGUAUUUUGAGAAUCUUCUAGAGAAAAGAGAGAAAACCAACUUUGAUCCAGCAGAAUGGGGAGCUAAGGUAGAUGACCGCUUCUAUAACAACCAUGCAUUCCAGGAGCAAGAAUCACCUGAGAAAUGUGAGCCUGGCAAAGAAAAGUCGCAGACAUCUGUGAAAGAGGAGACUCCAGUCACAGCCUUGGAAGCUUCUGAAGAAGAUAAGGAUAAAGAGGAGAAUGCUGCUGUCAAGAUCCAAGCAGCUUUCCGGGGACACUUAGUCAGAGAAGAGGUGAAGAAGAUGAAAUCGGAUGACCAUGAAGAACAGCAAAUAGAGGAAAACUGAGGAGACCGGUUUUGCCCCCCAGGAAACAUGAAAAAAACAAUCCAAAUCCAUCAACCUUGUUGUGAUUGUCGUUUUUUUCUUAGUGAGAUUUAAUGUAGUGAAAUAACAUUUGCUGCUGUUAUGAAAAUCUGUCGUGAGCAUUUGUUUAAUAAACAUGCCAUUGAACACA